CGCGACGACACAUCACUACCAGGUGCUGUUGAUUGGGCUCCAAUUAAGGAGAACAGCAUCAGUGAUAGUACUGUUUAGAUAAGGUUGAAUUGUUAAGUUUAAAAACCGUAAACAUGUUUUACCUGGCUCUGUUGUUCAUGCUGUUGUCCUCCACUGAUGGACGAACAGCACCGACGUUUGAGGCUGUAAUAAAACAACCGACCCAGGUGAUGAGAGAAGAAGUUACCUGGAGAGAAACACCGACUCUGCCGCCUCCGUACCUCCACCUCCCGUUGUUUCUGGACUCCAGGCUGCCGCUGGUGGAGAUGAAGUAUUUCUCUCCAUCCACAGGCACCGGGCUGGAGGCUUUACCCGAACCGGUCCGGGAGAUCCUGCUCCCUGUUCGGGCUCACACCGGUCCGCCAAGCGGUUCGGGUGUUUCCGUGAGGACUUCGUGCGAACUCGGCAAGAUGCUCGUCCAGGUGCAGAGGAGCAUUCUGGGUAACCGUGAGCCAGACUCUGGGCUCAGACUGGGGACCUGUGGGACCAGUAGAUCCACCAGGGAUCACCUUUACUUUCAAUAUGACCUCAGCAUGUGUGGAACCAAACGCACGAUAAUUAAUAACCAAGUGGCCUAUUCAAACACACUACAAUAUGAUCCACCGAGGCUCCAAGGACCCAUCAGGCGAGCUGUGCCCUUCACCCUGCCUGUUACAUGUUAUUAUAACAGGUACCAAUACUCCUACAAAAUUGGUUACACACCAAAGAUGCGGCUGCGCAAGAUCUUCACACCAAUGAAGAACAGAGCAAAAUUCAUACUGACUCCACGAAAUGCUCAGUGGGAAAGGCUUUCUCCGUCAGAUCAGUACGUGCUCGGGAAGCCCAUGUACUUUCAGGCAGAGGCUCCGCGUAUGUCCCAAGACGAAAGACUGUACGUCCACUUGUGUUACGCGACUCCCGAGAAGUCCCACACAUCCACACCUCAGUAUCCAGUCGUGCAAAACUUUGGGUGUAUGGUUGAAAGUAAGGAUAGUCUCUCCAGAUUCAUCCCAUACAAAACCAAUGCUGUGAGAUUCUCUGUGGAUGCGUUCUUGUUCACGGGAAUGACAGGCCAGCAGCUCUACAUGCACUGCUCCAUGUCUGUGGGCAGUUCUGUCCCCACACCUACAGCUAAGUCCUGCAACUAUGACACAAAAACAAGAAGAUGGCUUGAGCUGUAUGGACCAAACUCAAACUCUGUGUGCACCUGCUGCGACUCCAACUGUAGCUCUGCUGCAUCCACAGUGACCAAAAUAAUCAGCAGCAGGCCGUGGACAAUAGAGCCUGAAGUGAAACCCACCACAGCCCCAAAGAGGAAGAAGGUCUCCACCACAACGACGAAGAAGACAACAACAACAACAGCGCCGCAACCAGAGACGACCAGAGAGGUGACUGAAUGGAGGACGACUUCACAGCCUGAACCGAUAGCAGUGACUCUGACGGGUAAGGUGGAGAACGCGAUGCAGGAGUUAGAGUGGCCGUUCGGGGGCGAAGGAGUGACGUGGGUUGAGGUGGAAGGUGAGGGGGAGCAGGUGAAGGGCUCUGCUGUUGUGGAGGAGAAGGUCACAGAACCUCUUACAAUAUUUGAAGAAAUCUUUGAUUUUGACAAAUAAAGCUGACGUUUGUACAGUGA